AUGGCUCACGCGCGGGCCAGUGCUUUCUCCUUAGACCUGAAAGGGUGGUUGAAAUUCGGUCAGAAGGCCGGCAACGAUGUCGAGGAGGAGCAGAGAUUGAGGCCUGAGACGUGGAGUGACAAUUUCAUCGGAAGCUUGAUGAGGUCAAUGCCCUCGGCGAGUGUUGGCGGUGGGCAGGCAAAGGACAAGAAUCCCACCACCAACGUUGUUCAACACGCUGCACCAAUGACAAGCAAGCAGAUCAGCAGAGACAAUAUGAGUUGUCUUGAUUUGAGCUACGGCAAAUUGGCGAGCACGGCGUUUGACGCAAAUGACUUUCCCUACCUGAAAUCUUUGCGAAUGGGAAACAACAACUUGAAAGAGAUCCUCCCGAAUACGCUGAGAAGUACAUCAACGGAUUGA